AUGCUUCGGGUGCCACGGCCAAAGAAGAAGGCCAGCCCAGUCAAGAACACAAGCCCAGUCAAGGACACCAGCCCGGACAAGAACACCAGCCCGGACAAGAACACCAGGCCGGACAAGAACACCAGCCCAGUCAAGGACACCAGCCCAGUCAAGGACACCAGUCCAGUCAAGGACACCAGCCCAGUCAAGGACACCCGACGGAAGAAGACCAGCCCAGUCAAGAAGAAGCAGGCCAGCCCAGACAAGAAGACCAGCCCAGACAAGAAGACCCCAAGCCCAUCCAACAAGAGUGACAUGAGCAAGACCACUACAUCCUCAGAUGUCAAGCUGGAGAUGCCAAGCCCCAGCUCACCGGUUCCAGAGUCAACAACAGCGGACCCCUACGAGGACCUCCAGUUAAUCUCGGAAAGCGAGACUGGCUCUGUGGAGAUGGACGACGAAGGCUUGGUGCAGUCUCUGAAGGCACGCACACUCCUGUGUGUUUUGCUUCCGUGUAUCGAUCACACAGUGGACAUGUGCCGGCCACACUGCAUAUCUUUCUUUGGCACCUAG